GGCAUGUGGCAGAGUCCCCCUUGGAAAGAACUUUGAAAUUUGAGUUCUCAGUCGAGUCCCAGUGAUUGAUACAUAUAGGAAUUGUUGGCACCAUGGAGCUGAAUUUACAUAGUUCAGGGUCGAAUUCGUUUUCUGUGUCGUGGCGCGGUGUGUCACAGACAGCUUGUCAAGCUUUGAAGUAGCGAAUUUCUGCUCAUACGGAGAGCAGACUCAAUUCUGCGAAUUUGGUCGGGCGUCAGCAACAGCGCGUGUUCCUGUAGUCAUCGUCAAAUGCUUACAUGAACUGAAAUUAAGGUGCGGGCUACCGGAGACCGUCGACUGCGUUGAAGUCAGUACGUUGUGGCAGAUCGUUGGGAGAAGAGUAGGGAAGAGAAGAUGAUGGUGGAGGGCUGGACCUACGUGGGUUUGGGAACAGCACUGCUGGCGGUGGUUCUGACGGUCGUAGCUCGGAAGUAUAACGAGUGGACGUGUGCAGUGCGAGUAAAAGCAGGGGAGCCGCCACUUCCUGCUGGGUCUAUGGGAUGGCCUCUGCUCGGAGAGUCCUUGCAUUUCAUGACUUGUGAAUAUUACGAAAUGUAUAAGCAGAAAUUCUCAAAGUAUGGGAGAACAUGGAAGACUCAUUACUUUGGGAGCCCAACCAUUUGUACUUCUACGGCAGAAAGUGCACGACAGGUGCUGAUUGGCAAGCAAGGUCUGUUCGAGGCGUAUUAUCCAACUUCCAUGAGUCAGAUAUUGGGUCCUAAUAACUUCAUGUUCCUAACUGGAGCUGAUCACAUGAAAGUCAAGCGAUUCUUUCUGGCGGCCUUACGUCCAGAAUCCAUCCGCUCCUCUGUGGGACAGGUCGAAAAGACGGCCAUGCUCUGUAUGAAGGAUUUGGACGGGAAGACCAUCUCCGUCUUACGUGAAGCUCGACUGUUUUCCUUUAACGCUGUCAUUAGUCUGCUAUUUGGGGAAUCGCCAUCUGAAGAAAUGGACAAGUUGUGGGAGGAAUUUGGUCUCCUGGAGAAAGCCAUCUUCAACUUGCCCAUCAAUCUACCGGGGACUGCCUUCCGCAAGGGACUCCAGGCCAGAGAACGCAUCGUCAAGUUCUUGAAGCAAAAGAUCGAGCAGAGAAGGUUCGAGAUCGGAGUGGCACAUCAUGACGUGAUGGAUCUCAUGAUGAAGAGUAUCGACGGUGAGACUCUAUCGGACGCUGAGAUCAUAGACAACCUUUUGGCAGGUUUGUUCGCUGGACAAGACACCAGUGCAACUGCCCUGCAUUGGGCUGUAUACCACCUGAGCCAAAAUCCAGAGGCCCUGGAAGACUUGCGGGACGAGAUGGAUCGGAUCCAAAGGAGUAAGAGGGAAGGCGAACCCCUGAACUGGGAUGAUGUAAAAAGUAUGCCUAUGUCAAGUGCGGUCUUGAAUGAGUCCGUUCGUCUCAGUGUCUCAAGUUACCUCAUGCGCCAGGCGCAGACUGAUGUGGUCAUAGAAGGCUAUACGAUCCCCAAGGGUUGGAGGGUCGUUACAUGGUUACGUUUCUUCCACACAGAUCCUGCCAACUUCAAAGAUCCACUGGCAUUCAAUCCUCGUCGGCAUCUGGAAACGCCAAAACCACAAAAUCUCCAUAUCUUUGGGGCUGGAGUCCGCGUUUGUCCCGGUGUCGACUUUUCUAGACUCGAAGUAGCUGCGUUUUUUUACCAUCUUCUUACCAAAUACACGUGGGAGGUUAUUCCAAACCCGAAGAGGAAAAUAGUUACGAUGCCUGUACCUCACUUGAGCGACGGUCUGCAGAUACGUGUCCACAAAAGGAUGAACAAGCCAGAGUACACGUAGAAUGUGGAAGUAAGGAUCUCGACAACCAGUCUAAGAAUGACAAGGUUUAUUUCCUUCGGACUUUGUAGUCCCGUUUCACAUGCUGUGGUCAGAAUAUGAACCCCCGCAGGGCUUAUGUACAUAAGUUGCUCCGCGUGAAGAAAUACAUUACCAUCCAUUGUACAAAACACCGUACCGACUAGAUGCUUUGGACAUAUGUGCAGUCGGAUAGUCUUACAAGGCAGGCAGUAAGGUCAAGGAAAUUGGUUUCUUGUGCACUUGUGAUACUACAUGACAUUCUGGACCAUUCGUUGCAUAAUGGCGUUCUCAAGGUAGUCAUAAAAAACUUCUUGGUACUCCUCAGUAGGCCACGCUGAAUAUUGAGUUUACUUUGACGACUUUUGAGAUGGUCCGAAUCAAUUGAACGGAUUCGUGAGACAUGUGAAGUGUAAUCUGUACAUUCGAAGAUGAUUUUGAUAGACUCG